UACGUCACGGUCACUUCCAGAAGCCGCUGCUCUGUUGGAGAUUAUUGUCAGUGGAUAUAUAUGUUUACAAUUGGCAACAUGUGUCGUGUGAGAUCUGCUCGAACGUGUUCGUUGGUGAGGUUGUUGUUGUGGUUUUGUUUUUUGGCUAUUUCAAAAUGUCAAGAUUGGGUAAUAGAAGACGAAGGUUGUAUAACACCCGAUGGUGAAUCCGGAGACUGCACACCUAUUCGACAAUGCCAGCCUAUGGUUGAUUUUCUCUCAACGGCUAAAAGACCAUUAUCAAAUUCAGCAAGUAAAAGAUUGAACGCAUUCACUUGUAGCUUCGCUUCUAAUCAGGUUUGGGUGUGUUGUCCACCAGGACCAAUUGUUAUUCCUAACGAACCCGUCGUCGCGACUCCUCCAACUGUGGAACCAGAGAGGCCGCCACCAGAUGUUACACAGCACAGAAAUUACCGUAUGUUGCCGCAGGAAUGUGGAUAUCUUGAGACAGGUGAUAAAAUUAGGAAUGGUGUCAACGCCAGUCUCAAUGAAUUCCCUUGGAUGGCACUUCUGUCAUACAGAACCC